AAUAAAUCGUUCGCUAUGGAGAAUGUUCCUACAAAAUUUUUAUAUAAAGCUUCUUACAAUGACUACAAGAAUAAGUCAGUGCAUUUUUCAAAUACCCGCAUUGCGGCCUAUUUUGAAAGACAAUGGGAAACAAUUACAACAGGAGCCAGAAUUCGUUAUUUCAUUAAACCACGAAAUGAAUUGUAUCCAAUAGAUUUAAAUGCUGGCUACCAAGAGUACCUCAUGACAUCAUUGUACUCGAAACACGUUGAUUUGUGUCUUAAAUACGCAAUGUCUGCCGAGGACUGUAAAAUCAAAAAUAGAACCAAGGUGUAUACACGUUGCGGUACCCUUGUCAAUAUAAUGGAAUCGAUUAGUAGCAAGAAAAGUAAAGAACUAUCAAUAUGUGUAACACGUUAUAAUGGUAAUAUUUAUAUGACAACUGAAAAUUCCAAUGAGGGAGAAAAAACGCAAGGCGAUUUGGAAGUACAAUCUCCCAUUGAGACACAUCACAAUCAAUUGAAGCGAUAUUUAUUUUCAGAUUCACCAUAUAAUCAGCCAAACAUUACAAAGCCUUGGAAUGAAAACAUAGAAUUACUUGCUGUUUUCCGAAGCAAUUUGAAUAAAUAUGAUAUUUUUUAUUCCGGGCCGGUGCAAGCCAUUAUGGCUAAAGAACAAUUUGAUGAUUUCAACAACAUGGAUGAACUUAAUAAAUGUCGUUUUGUUUUAAUUAAGCAAAUGUGGAACGAUUUGGAAAAUGAAAAGCAAAAUCGAAAAUUUUUACGUUAUCUUUUUAUGGCACAUUUAAUUAAGGUUAAUGACAUUUUCGUGGGCUAUAAAGACAAAAAAGGACUCGUUGAACACCCACUACAACAUAGAAUUGUAUCAAAACUACCUAAACAUUUCUUUAAUAAGUUAUCGAUUGGUGAAGCAUUUUUAUUUGAUUUUCUAGAACGUGUUGAGAAAUUAAUGUCCAAUGUCAACUGUUUAAACACAGUAUAUGUGUUUAAAAUAAAACGUAAUAUAAACUGCAUUCGUUACCAAGUAUAUGAAGGAAAAACGGAUAAGACAUUUAUUACAAAAGAGUAUAUAGACUACUGUCAAAAUGAAAAUAAUUAACCCCCCUUAUU